CUACCUUUCACUGUUGAACUAAUGCUGACGGGGACAGAAAUGGAACUUUGUGGUCCUCACACAUGAUUCUCCUCCUUUUCUUCAACCUUCUUAUCUGGGUCUUUUUUAUUCUUCUUCUUUGUUGUCUGAAACCUCUCCAUCUCAUCCAUCUUCUCUUUGUUUUCCCAAAACCGAAAUGGCAACAAGCAGAGCUGAAGGGAAGAGGAGCCUGAAGGAAAUGGCUGAGGAUGAGGAAGAGGAGGAGGACGAAGAUGCUGGUGCUCUAGGGUUUGUAGAUGAAGAAAAGAAGAAGAAAGGAAAGAGAGGAUCCAGUACUGGUGGAGGGUCAGCACUGCCUUCUUGUCAGGUUGAGAACUGCACUACUGACAUGAACGAUGCGAAGAGGUACCACCGCCGCCAUAAGGUCUGUGAGUUCCAUGCCAAGGCUCCGGUGGUUCGAGUCUCUGGACUCCAGCAACGCUUCUGCCAGCAAUGUAGCAGGUUAUUGUUUCAUGAAUUAUCGGAGUUCGAUGAAGCAAAAAGGAGCUGUCGAAGGCGUUUGGCUGGACAUAACGAACGGCGCAGGAAAAGCUCAUCUGAAUAUCAUGGAGAAGGCUCAAACUAUUAACUAGAGGCAAGCUUAAAAAGAGUCGAGUUAACUUAACUCUCUUCCAAUUAUCCCCAUAUAUACAAGGCCCUUUCCAAUGCUCAAUUUAGAUGUAACUAUAUGAUUUCUAAGCAUGCUCUCUCUCUUCUGUCAAUCUUAAUUUACCCUUUAGCUAUACACCGUUUCAUGCUCUACCUAUUGUUAUAUCUGCAUGAACAUUAAUCGAUCUUUAUCUACAUAGCCAUUAUGAAUGCU